CGGGGGUCCGCAAACCUCCUGGUACUGCGUGGGGUCGCAGGUCGCGUUGGGGCACAGCCAAAUUUGCGCACGCGAGGCGCUCCCGGGGCCAGAACUGCGGGCUCCGUAGAAGUGCCCGGGGAGGAACCUUGUGGAUGACAGAGAUCGUCAACCUGAUCUGCAACAAGGCGGAUCCUGCCUGGGUCCAAUCCGUUGUCAGCAGUGAGCCUUCGAUGUGGUUAGAAACUAAAGCUGGGCUUCAACGUAUAAAGGAUCAGAAAGACCCACGGAUUUACGUCUCCCAUCUCCUCAUUCAGUUGUUCCCCAGGUCAUUCUUCAAUUCCAAGGCCAAGUGUAUUUAUAUAAUGAGAAACCCCAGAGAUGUUAUUACUUCCAGUUAUCAUUUCUGGAAAAUGGUAAAGAUUAUCAGAGAGCCGGAAUCAUUUGAAGAAUAUUCGGAAUGGUUCCUUCAAGGAAAUGUGCUCUAUGGAUUGUGGUUUGACCAUGUUCACAACUGGCUGCAGAUGAAAGGAAAAGAGAAUUUCCUGGUGAUAUCGUACGAGGAGCUGCAACAGGACAUACAAGCCAGUGUAGAGACACUCAGCCACUUCUUGGGCAAGAAGCUAAGCCCAGAAGAACUGAAUGCAGUCCUCAAGAAUGUAUCCUUCAAGACCAUGAAAGAUAAUAAAAUGAGCAAUUGUUCCCUAUCACCUGAUAUCUUUAUGGAUCAAAUCAAAGGUUUCAUGAGAAAAGGAAUCAUUGGGGACUGGAAAAGUCACUUUACAGUGGCCCAGAGUGAAGCCUUUGAUAAAAUUUACCAGGAGAAGAUGGCUGGGCUCGCUCAAGACCUAUUCCCAUGGGAAUAAUGGCCUUAUAUUCCUGGAUCAGAUGUAAAUGCUGAAUUUCCUGAUGUUCUUGUGUUCGAGCACGCUCAUAGGAAGCAAAUUUUAAUCCUACAACUCAAUUAUAUGCUUCAUUGAAAAUAACCAUGUUCUAAGAAUACUAUUUCAUAAU